UUUCAAAUCUCGUAAUAAUGCUUCCAUCCCAAGCAACUCAAAACCUUAUAUAUAUAGAUUACAGUUAACAUUAUCACUUAUCAACAAAUUCUAGAGAGUGAGUGAAGUUUGUUUCUUUGAGAGUGAAAGAGAGAGUUUUGCAGGGAGAGAGAGAGAGAGAGAGUUUUCUUGGAGUGUAAUGAUGUGAAGGAGAGGGAAAAUACUGGGAAAGGCAGGUUCUGCAAUGGUGUACCUGGCUGCAGUUGUUUCACCACCAAGAAGUAAUGAACUACUACCUUCUCUCAUGGCUACCAAAUCUGCCCCUGUCAACAACUCCCAAUUGCUUUCCAUUGAAAGAGAGUUGUUCAGUCAGUUUGAAGACUGUCCUCACAUUCUUCGUUGUUUUGGGGAUGACGUUACGAUCGAAGACGGAGAGCAAUAGUACAACAUGUUGUUGGAGUAUGCUGCUGGUGGAAGUUUGGUUGAUCGCAUUCAGAGUUACACCAGAGGACUACCCAAGACAGAGGUUAGACGAUACACAAAUUCUGUACUUCUGGGUCUAAGUUACAUUCACAAAAAGGGUUAUAUUCACUACAAUAUCAAGCCUCAGAACAUAUUGCUUGUGGAUGACUUGUCAAUGGAUUUGAAUGAAAAGAUGAAUACGGUCCAAGAAAGAACUGCAAAGAUUGCUGACCUAGGGCUUGUAAAGAAGGCUGGAGAGAGCUUGACAGAAAAAGGAAGAAAGCUUGGAAUCAGGGGCACUACACUGUAUAUGGCCCCGGAGUCCAUUCGCCAUGAAGAUUAUGAACCAGAAGCCGACAUAUGGGCAUUAGGGUGCACGAUUUUGGAGUUAUUGACUGGAAAAGAACCUUGGAAGUGCGACCGGAAUACAGAAAGAGUAACUAUCUUGUUUAAAAUAGCAAGUACACAAGAAAUACCUGAAAUUCCGAGUGGGUUCUCAGAAGAGGCCGAAGAUUUUCUGAAGAAGUGCUUGGUUAGGGAUCCGAAGUCACGGUGGACUGCCGAUAUGCUACUAGGCCAUCCCUUUGUUUCGGCUGCAGAUGGUGUUUUCACCAGGAGUAUCAGAGAGGAAAGAAACAUAGUUGUUCAUCCAAAAGCAGCACAAGGUAUUCUUCAUUCAUCAUUCUUGAGUACAUUCAAUCUUCCCAAACCUUAUUUGCUCACGUCACAUUCAGCAUCAAAUGGAUAAGUACCUAAUAGUUGCAUGGCCACAAGACAUUCGGAUGAUAUUGUUUUUGAAGACUUCGGUGAAUUUCACGCUUGUAAAGUGCAGAAAAGAUUAGAGGAAGAUGCCAAAGAAGGGCUGUCUACAACAAGUUUGCGAUUGGAUGCCUUUGGAGCGGUAUUGGGGUAUCAAGAGGAUUUCAGAGAUACCAUACCAAACGCCAACAUUGCCAUUGAGAUUUUCAAUUGAGGUUUUAAUGGAGCAUGAUUGUUGUUGCUUUAAGUCAUCUGUUUUGAGUAUGUCUCAAACUCGACCCAGAUAAUCCUAUGUAUAAAGAGGUUAUAGUGAGAGGGAGGGCUCAUUGUAUUCUCUACAUUCAUAGUGAAACUCCUCUGUCCUUUUUCGCCCGUGGAAGUAGGCUUAUAGCUGAACCACGUAAAUCAUUGUGUGCUUGUGUGAUUGUUUUGUUUUAUAUUUUUUCAAUUUAAGUUUCAUCAUAAAAUCACUAAGUAAUAUAUCAUGGAAGCAUAGGCUUUCAAACAAAAAGAAACCCCUACUUAUAAUCAAAUCAACUAAUUCCAAUUUCCUAGGGUUAAUACUUUGGAAAAUUAAAUCAUCCCUAACUCUCCACAAUGACCACAACACAGCAAAAAAAUGGUUUUCUAAUUAAUUCUUUCCAAAUUUGUGUGACUCUCCACCACACAGGGCAUACCACUCACUAAUUAUCCAUAUGGAAAGAAGUCUAGUAUGUCCCUUUCUCACACAUUCCAAAAAUGGCGUGAUACUUUCUUUGCAAGAUGUCCUACAAUAUUACUUGUAAAAACCAAAUGAUUUUAAUAAAACUCAAUGAGGAACUGGCAGUUAAUAAAAGAUUUGAGUGUGAACUCAAACAUAAUGAAAGCCAUGAUUCAAUCAAAUGAGGAAAAGCGGGGAGAAAGAAUAAUUUUAAAAGAUAUCCAUCACAACAUGCCCUUAAACUUGUCUCAUCACCACAGAUCAGAUAUAAUAAAAUGGAGUGAGUUUCCACCACCAAUGGAAAUUUGAAAUGAUCCAUUAGGAAUUUUUGGCAUUAGAAUGGACAACUAGGUAGUGCACUGCUGAGUGGAAUUUAAAUAAAAAAUAAACGUAAAACAGAAUAUAAGUUGAUAAAUUUUCUAUA